GUCAAAUUACCAAAGUCUCCACCUGAAAAAGGAAGAGAGUCAAAAAAGGGGGAUAGGCGAAGAAGGGGGAAGGAGAAAGGGGAAGGCGAUUGUCGGAUCCCGGAAGAACAAUCAGACCCAUCUCCAUUACCAACAUCCUCUUCUGCGUUCGAGCAGUGAUGGCAACCUCCUUGGAGUCAUGGAUGAAAGAGUUGAAUGAUGCUUCAAGGUUGGCUGAGGAUAUCAAUUCCAUGAUUUCGGAUAAGGGUUCUUUGCCUCCAUCAGGACCUGAAACCCAGCGUCAUAUGUCUGCUAUUCGAAGGAAGAUUACAAUUCUUGGGACUAGAUUGGAUAGUUUGGAGUCUAUUCUAUUAAAGCUUCCAAGCAAGCAACCAAUAACGGAAAAGGAGCUGCAUAAGCGCCAAGACAUGCUUUCAAAUUUGAGAUCAAAAGCAAAGCAAAUGGCAUCUGCGUUAAACAUGUCAAACUUUGCUACGAGGGAAGAGUUACUUGGUCAAAGUAAGAAGUCUGAUGAGAUAAACAGAACUACAGGGUUGGAUAACAAUGGUAUGGUUGUUCUGCAACGGCAAAUUAUGAAAGAGCAAGACGAGGGCCUUGAACAGCUGGAGGAAACAGUGUUGAGCACAAAACAUAUUGCAUUGGCAGUUAAUGAAGAGCUGGAUUUACAGACAAGAUUAAUUGAUGAUUUAGACGAACAUGUUGAUGUUACAGACUCUCGGCUGCAGCGUGUGCAAAAGAGGUUGGCCAUCCUCAACAAGCGGACAAAAGGAGGCUGCUCAUGCUUGUGCUUGUUAUUAUCGGUUGUCGUCAUUGUCAUGUUGGCUGUCGUCGCUUGGCUUCUUUUCACCCACUUGUAAGAACUUUUUGCCUUAGAAACUUACCACUUGUUGCCCUUUGCUUUGCGUGCAAUCUGCCACUUGCAGGAAGUGUGUUUCCUUCAUUAUAUCUAUUAUUAAGAGUUUGAUCAUUCUGUAAAUGUGUUUAUGAAAAAAAUUAUUAUGUGAUUGGUUUAUUUGCAGACUCUUUCAAUAUACUUGUUUGUAUGUUCCAA